ACCCAGCUCAAUAUAAUGGCCGAUCUACCUAUGUCUUUCUGUAUUCCCAUCUUCCUACUAGCCCUACUCUCGGCCGUCUCGGUUUCUUCUUCCACUCCGACCAACGGCAAUGGCAGUGACACUGAUCUGGCCGCGCUGCUAGCUUUCAAAGCCCAGCUUGCCGACCCUCACCGAAUCCUUGCCGAUAACUGGACCAUUGGCACAUCUUUUUGCCACUGGAUCGGUAUCUCGUGCAGCAGGCGCCGGCAACGGGUCACCUCUCUAUCGUUGCAGGGCAUGCCUCUCUUUGGGACUUUGGCACCUCAUGUCGGUAACCUCUCUUUUCUCUCUGCCCUUAGCUUCGCACACACCAGUCUCACAGGCUCAAUUCCGAUCGAACUUGGUAGGCUACAUCGUCUAAGAUAUCUGAAUCUUAGCAGCAAUAGUUUGUCAAGUGCCAUACCUGCUGCCCUAGGGAACCUCACGAGGAUAGAGAUCCUUGAUCUAUCUAGGAACCAUCUCUCAGGCCAGAUCCCUCUUGAAUUGCUAUUACAUAUGCAAAAUCUUAGGAAAAUUAAUCUGAAUGCAAAUUACUUGAGUGGCCAUAUAUCACCAUAUGUGUUCAACAACACACCUUCGUUGGCAUACAUAAGUUUUGGAAACAACAGCCUGUCAGGUCCUAUACCACACACCGUUGCAUCCCUAUCCAUGCUUGAAAUCUUAAACUUACAGCUUAAUCAAUUCUCUGGCAUAGUACCGCAGGCCAUGUACAACAUGUCUAGGUUGCAAGUCAUUUCACUCAUACUCAAUAAACUAAAUGGAAUGUUUCCAAGCAAUCAAACUUUCAGCUUGCCAAUGUUGCAAUUUUUUGGACUAGGUGGUAACAAAUUUUCUGGCCGGUUUCCAUCGGAGCUUGCAUCAUGUAGAUACCUACAAGUACUUGAUUUGUCUGCAAAUUCUUUUGUGGAUGGCGUGCCAACAUGGUUAGCCAAAUUGCCGCACCUCCGAAAGCUAAAUUUGGGUUUUAAUAACCUUAUUGGCUCGAUCCCAUAUGCUCUUAGUAAUCUCACCAGUCUUACCCCUCUAGGACUCGAAUUCGGUAAUCUAACAGGUAAUAUUCCACCAGACUUAGGUCUUAUGAAGGAACUCUCAUAUCUUUAUCUUGGAGUCAAUCAGUUGAUAGGUCAAAUUCCAACUUCCCUUGGUAAUUUGUCCAAACUGUCUUACCUAGGUUUGGCAAAGAAUCAAUUAUCUGGCAAAGUACCAACAAUAUUUGAAAAAAGUAUAGCUUUGAAAAAGCUUGAUUUGGCAGGGAAUAAUUUAGAGGGGAGUUUAGAUUUCUUGUCGCCUCUUUUCAAGUAUGGAAACCUCCGAGCCCUUGCGGUAGAAGUUAAUUCUUUCACUGGUGUCCUCCCUAGCCUUGUGGGAAAUCUCACCUCACAACUAACCAUUUUCCUUGCUUCUGACAACAAGUUAAUAGGUGGACUACCACGAAAUGAUUGAGAACUAGGACGGGGUCGAAAUGCAUUUUAUUCUUAGUAUUAAAAAAGUAUUGCAUGACCGAAUAAUUCAAGGAGGGGCGCACAGCGGGGAGGGUCCUUUUUAGUAGAUG